UCACAGUUCCUGCCUAAACGUUCACGACAUUUUUCAGCCGUCUUGAAAGGCGCCCUAAUCAUCCCGGGAUAAAACAAAAAUCAAACAAGAACAGGAAAAACCUCAGCACUUAUUUGCAACUUCAUACUCUGGCUCUCUAUAGACAAGAAAAAGAUCAGUAGUCUGGCUGGCAGAAUGGCAAUUCGCUGGCUUGCUGUUCUGUGCGCUUGGGCGCUUAUAGCGCAAUUUACUCUUUCAUUGCCCGAGGAAGAAUACCCUGAAGAAUUUGAACUCGAUGAACCCGAGGCUCCAGAAGAAGAAGUCAAGACCAGGCAAAGGAGACAAAGUGCCUGCGAGGACCAACUUAAUUACUGCUCUCAAUGGCCAGACAAAUACUGUCAAGACUAUAGAGAUUACAUGAAAAAGAACUGUCCAAAAAAAUGCGGAUAUUGUAGUGGCCCAACUAAACCUCCAGUUUGUGAAGACAAAAGUCAAUAUUGUUCAGGCUGGAAAAGUAGCGGGUUUUGUGAUCAAUCAAGCCAAUGGCAUAGCUACAUGAAGAACAACUGCGGAAAGACGUGUGGCUUUUGCGGAGGAGGAGGAGGAGGAGGAGGAGGAGGAGGAGGAGGAGGAGGAGGAGGCGGUGGUGGCGGCGGUGGAGGAGGAGGCGGUUCGGUUUGUAGUGUGAGCAAUGCCAGUGAUAAAGUGAAAAAAUGUACUUUUGAUGAUAGUAUGUGUGACUGGCAUAAUGUUCCGUUUGAUGACGACAUGGAUUUUGUCAUCAAAAGCAGCAUCUCUGGUGGACCGAGCUCUGGAGCUGGGGGGAGUGGGAAAUUUCUCGUGACUGAGACAAGUAAUGGCAAGGCGCAACUUCUGAUCCCGUUUGAGUUGGUCCUCGGCAGUCACAACGCAGAUCACGGCACGAUGUGUAUCAGGUUUAACUAUUACAUCACUAGGGGGUCACUGACGUUGUAUAAGAUCGAGAAUAGAAAGGGUUCAAGAAAGACAUCUCUAGCAGCUAUUAGUAAUCAAGGAAAUCAAGGCGUGUGGAAAUGCGAGAAAGUCAGAGUAGAAGUCAGUGUGCAUCGACAGCUGUUGUUUGAGGUAAAUGCCUCUGGCCAAGUGGUUGCCAUUGAUGAUAUCAGUUUCACCAAUAGCUGCUAGAAACAAAUACGAGACAACUACAAGCAAGAAGUACUUUAGAUUGGUGAAUGAAAAUAAAGUACUGUAAAAAUGA